AUGCCUGUGAGCCCACAGUACCGACUCUUCCAACAACGCUAUUAUUUGGAUUCCAGUGAACGAGAUGCGGGAGUAUCACAUUUGUGGCAUGCACACCGACUUGCAGAAGAACGUUUACGUACGGGUAAAGGAAUUACAGAUGCACCCGAUGUCGAUUUCCGCCACCCUGAGUUAAUGGAUAUGCAACAGGCAAAGGCGAGUGCACUCAUGACUCGUCUGCAGCGCCGUGUAUUGGAUGAUGAAAAACGUAUCGUGAAGGGAAACACCACUUUAUAUGGACAUCUCAUAUCGGCAACUGAUACGGCAAACCGUGGACGUCGUGGGAUGAAUAAUAUGCCAACAAAAGAUGAAUUGCAGUUGUGGUAUCGCAGGGAUGAACAUAUGUUGGCACGACAACGUGAUCGGGCAAUACAGGAGGCAAAUAAACAACGAGAUAAUCGUUUUAUCCUACAACACCUUGUUAACACACAACCGGUGGUGACUCCAGCAAAACAACUAGCUCAUUGGUAUCAUCAUGAUCAUAAAAAGCGGCUUCAGCAAUUAAGUCGCUUUAAGCGGAGAGAGCCUUUCGCAGGCGCUAACAUUCUUCGAAAGGAAUGUAAACUGAGAGUGAGUCAAGACCAUUUGGAUUCAACAGACCGUCGAACAAUUGCACAACAACCAGCAUUAUGGCAACAACACAAAGUACCCUCAAUUGUUGACACCCUCGAAUCCGGUCCUGUAAUUCCCUCAUUAUUUGAAGCAUCACAGCGAUAUAUUGAGGGUAACCGCACACUGGAUUUCACCUACAGAUUUGGUGACACAUCAACUAAACCACGUAGAGAGAAGAAACCGGAGUGGAAGACAAUCUCUGCGUUGGAUCCAGUUCUUAUAAACUAUGCGAAUGACAUGAUGUUGGCACGUGGUGGAAAACUACCAACGGUACGACGUGAUGAGGAAAAUGGGAUCACACAUCUUUGGCGUAGAGGUGUUGAGAAGAAGUACCGUGCUAGUGAUAAGGGAAAGGACGAGGCGCGGCGUUUGGAUGCUGCCUCAACGUGUAACGCCGACGCUGACAGCAAAGGUGUGAAAAGCACCACUGUGAUGUGGGAGACCAAUCGAUGGAAAUCGAGAACCAGCGUGCUUACACUAUUGCGGGAUAAACACCGGCCAAAGUCUCCUGAUACCCACUCAAUGAUUACAGCCAGUGAUCAUUGGGAAGCCAGAAGUAUGCACAGCGGAGUACACGGCGAAUCUCAUCGAUCCCCAACCUCAGUGAUUUUUAGGGAACCUGAUGUUGAGAAUACCUUCUCAAGUUUGAGGAAUCCAGAUUUAUUGCUAUCGCUAACAGAUGAACCUCAGCUAUACACGAAAUCCACUUAUGACGAGCGCAAGACGUACGGGAAAGUUGAUAGUAGGGGAAACGUUAAGCCCUACACUAUACCAGCUGAUGAACACAGU